CUCAAUUAACUUUAAGGAGGCUAUACUUGUUCUAAAAAACUGUUUUUUUAGGUCACUUUGGGGCAGAAGAAGCAGCUGAUAUGUACACAUCCAUUGAGUCAUUUUUCCUCACCUGACUCCCAUGAGCUUCCCCCUCUGUGCAGGUGCGACCAGUGAGAGGAGCCGCACGAUGAGCGGCAUCCUGAAGAGGAAGCUGGAGGAGGCCCCGCCCCCUUACCGGACCCUGCGGGGCUCCGAUGACGACGUCUCCGGCAGCGACAGCGGCAACAGCAGCGACAGCCUCAACCACCCCGUCCCCCCGGGGCCGCUGGACGCGUCCCUCCAGCCGCCGGCCAAGCGUCUGCGCGGCCGCAGCGUUCACUUCGAGAGCGUGACGGUGUACUACUUCAACCGGCGGCAGGGCUUCACCAGCGUGCCCACGCAGGGCGGCAGCACCCUGGGCAUGUCGCCGCGCCACAGCGGGGUGAGGCGCUUCACCCUCUGGGAGUUCGCCGUGGAGCAGAAACGCAGCCACCGGAUGAUGUUGAGGGAUCACCUGAAAGAGGAGAAGCUCAACGCCAUCAAACGCAAACUGACUCAGAACGGCACGGUGCCCUCGGCGGAGGCGGACACGCUGGCGCUGGACGACAUAUCCGAAGACGACCUGGACGUGGACAACACCGAGGUGGACGACUACUUCUUCCUGCAGCCUCUGACCACCAGGAGGCGACGGGCCCUCCUGCGCGCCUCGGGGGUCCGACGCCUCGACGUGGAGGAGAAGCACGAGCUGCGCGCCCUGCGCGCGUCCCGGGAGGAGUGCGGCUGCCGCUGCCGGGGGGCGUGCGACCCGGCGACCUGCGCCUGCAGCCUGGCCGGCAUUAAGUGCCAGGUAAAUGGAACCGUGGUGGACCGCAUGUCCUUCCCCUGCGGCUGCACCAGAGACGGCUGCAGCAACGACACGGGCCGCCUGGAGUUCAACCCGGUCCGCGUGCGCACACACUUCCUGCACACCAUCAUGAAGCUGGAGCUGGAGAAGAGCCGCGAGGAGCAGCGGCGGCGGCAGCAGCCGGAGCAGCAGCUUGUAACCAACGGCAACGGUUACCAUGGCGACCACUCCUCGGUCCGGCAGCAGCAGCAGCAGCAGCAGCCGAACCUGCAGUUCCCAUUGAUGAGUGGCCCGCCGCACAUUCCCAUCAUGCACCUCCAGAACACCGGCAACGCGGAUUCACAUCGAGACGAAGAGGAGGAGGAUGAUGAUGAUGAGGCGUACGAGGAAGAUGAGGACGGCAGCAGCGUCUGCAGCGGGCUGUCGGACUGCAGCACGCACAGCUUGGACACGAUUGACUCCGAUGAGGAAGAGGAGGAAGAGGACGAGGAGGAUGAGGAGGACGAGGAGGGCGACGAAGAUGAAGACGAGGAGGAGGAUUGGGACUGCUCGUUGCACGAGGCGGGUCCUCCGCCCUACUCUGUGCCCCUCCCCUCCGUGCUGAGUUACUCCAACAUGAGCCUGGGUGACCCCUUCCACAACGCCCCCCCCAUGCUGCGCUACCCGAUGGACAGCGCCGCCAAUGACACGCCCACUUUCCUCAGUGGGCGUGGCCCCGCCCCGCCCACACUGCCCACAGUCGAGGCCGCGUUAGAGGCCGACAUGAGCCCCAAACUCCACUGCCAGCAGAGCGCUCCUCGCCGCGUUGCCGGGCCCAUCGAGUCCCGGGCGCCUCCAACGUGCCGAGAGAGCGUCUCGACGGACCUCCAGAACAAUCCGGACCGCCGUGACUCACAGACCGAGGCUCCGACGGGGAGCGACGCCAUGUCCGGCGGCACCUGAAACGCUCGGUGGAAACCGUCAUCAAGAAGAGACUUAUUUGAUGAAUUCUUGAAAAUCAAUGCGUCUCCUUUAUGAGGUCGUUGGUUGGAGAACAUAUAAAACGUUCGUAGACGAAGCUCAGUCGGGUUCUGCGUGGCGCUCGUGGCGCUCGUGACGCGACGCCCUCCUCCGACGUCUCUGAUCAUCACGGCAUGUUUCCCGGUUGCGGCCGGCAUCGAUGACGAAUGUAGAUUUCGAGGUGCUCGUCUUCUCUGCUCUGGUGUCUCAUCGUUGCUGCUAAUGCUUCCUAAAUGUCUGUAUCGCAUGUGUUCGGUUAUCUACGAUGUCUUCAACACAAACUGAAAUGAUAAAUGAAGUCCCCGGCAAAACAAUAUGAUUUACAUUCAUUUAUAUUACUAGCAUCACAUUAAUAUGUUUGAAAUCCUACUCAAAUAUAUAUUUUUGUUUUCUGUUUUGCAGCGGCUAUCGGAGUUUUACUAAAGUCCCUUAAAGCAGCUUUGACUAUUUUCAUAUUAUUAUCUCGUCACAUGACGACUAUCUCUAGACUCCGGAGCGCUUAGCGUCUUUCAGGUCACCGUUUUGUGUUUUUUGGUUGACUCUCUCGGCUCUCACAGCUUAGCCGUGACCCGCUGUACAUUACCGGGCUCUCCCCGUUAGCCGACGCUGACGUUAGCGAGCUAGCUCGGUGCACAACGAGACAGAUAUUCAGAACGUUAGCAAAAAAGGAGGAGCCGUUGAUCAAGUGUUCAUAUAAGAUGCGAUCCCUCGACGACGUUGCUUUGUGUCCGCUAGUCGAUAGCUCAUUGAUAGCUCGUAGCUCGGUGAUAGCUCAUUGAUAGCUCGUAGAUAGCUCGUCAAUAGAGAGUAGCUCGUAGCUCGUCGAUAGCGCAGCCGUAGAUUCUCACGGUUCACAUUUGUGAAGAUUACGUUGCCAAACAAAAACAUGCGAGCGACAUAAACUCUCUCCGUGUUGUUUAAAUUUCCAAGAACAGAAAUGUAUCCAGCCAACCAAACUGUAACCUGAACAAAAUGCUGCCACCAUCUGGAUGAAACAUUAUGUUCCGCCAAAUCAUGACAUGUAAUCCGCCUAUAACGACCGUAUUCCUCUGUGCAUGUUAUUAUCAUCUUACAGUGGCGUGAACGCGUGUUCAGAUAGUUUCAGAUAGUUUACGGCUCAACGUGUCUCAAUACUGCCAAGACUGGGUCCAAAGAUAUGUCGUGUUCUUUUUAAAGCAACUGUACAUUCCCACCAGUGAGAAUACAAAUAAACUUUGUAACAUCC